UAAAUUAGUCAGUAAUGGUGAAAUACAAGUCAUUUUGUUUCAGGUUCCGGAAUUGGUAACAAUUGUUCAACAGCUUACCAAACCGACCUUAUUUGGAACGAAAUUGCAGAAACCAAGGCGAAUUUAUUAUAUAAGGUGAAAUUGUCAGAUCAUAUGAUUGCUUGUGCUUCCUCCCAAUUAAACAAAUUGCGCAAACAAAAUGUGUGAAUUUGCCUUGGCGGAAACUAUAGUUUCAGUGUUGCCAGUGUCGAAAUUGAAAUGGACGGAAAAAUCCCUAAGCGAAAAAUUUCUCUGACAGCGCCUUAACUGAUGCUGGGUUUAAUAUUUUGAGACACGUAAAAUAUGUCGGUUGAUAUUUAAAAAUUCAAUAUAAACAUAAAACGCCCUAUACUCAAAAUAACAUGGAUUUAUGUGUACCAUCAAAAAGCAGAGUGAAAGACAAGCGUGAACGACAACCAAAUUGGACGGAAGCAGAGAAGCAAUUACUUUUAUCUCUUACUCGUGUUCAUCAAAUGAUUUUAGAAAAUAAAGGUAGUGAUACGAUGACAAUUAAAAGAAAAUCGGAGGCAUGGGACGAUAUCACAUCUAAUAUGCAAGCUGCCGGCUAUCAACGAUCAAAAGAAAGGCUCAAGCAGCAAUUGGGUCGUAUUCGUGCAGCGGAAGCAAAAAAAGCUAAAGAUGAGUUAGCGAAAAAUCUCUUCCAAAAUAAGCAAUUAAUAAUUUCCUUGUCAACAUCAGAACAAAUGGCUUCACCUACAAUAGUAAUGCCGCCGCCCAUUCAAGACGUUGCAAUUAAGGUUGAAAAGGACAUUUCUUUAGAAGAACUCAGUCCUUCGACUACUUUUCAGCAAAUAAGUAAAGGGCAGCAUGAAAAGUAUGGCAUUGCAGACUAUUAUCCCUCGCCAUCUCCAGUGAACCAAAAUGUAAAUAAGCAGGUAUCUCAAGAACUCCAGGUGCAAAGUUUAAAACCUUUUGUAACUGAUAAUGAAUCCAGUGUUUCGGAUCACCAGUUACCAACAUUUCCAACAAAUUUUGGAAGUCAUUGUAUGUGUAACUGUAAUCGGAAGAAAUUAAGAAAUAUUCGUUUGCGGAUUAACGGGCAUUCACCGCGAAAUCGUUCUCAACGAGCUCACCAAUUGCAUUUGUACCGAGUUGCUGUGGAAAAGGAACGAUUAAAAAUGUUAAAAUUGCAGCAGAAACGCGAUCGCAUUUUUUACCAAAAAGACAAAGAGAUACAAAAUCUCAAGUUACAAAUCUUAGGUAACUUAGCAGUAAACAGAAUUCAUCAUAUCAACUUUACUUAGUCAUUCAGAAAACUUAUCUAAUGUUAUUUUAUUGGACGUACCUUAAAUCGGGAUUUGCACAUAUCACUAUUUGGAACUUGUAACUACUUCAUUUGGUUAUAUAGAUUGCAUUUGGGGAAUUAUAAUAGAUCAAUAGUAGGAUUGUUUUUUAUUGUUUCUGAUUGAAGAUGCCUUUAAAUUUGUGAGACAUUGGCGGUUGAAAUGUAUUGAUGUAUAUCAUUCAUAAAUCUUUGUUCUUGUUUCUCAUAUUAAAAUGUAUUUAAUACAAC